AUGGGUAACUCCCUCGGAGUCGAUGUGACGGCCUGCACUGUCCGCGUCGUUUCCGUGGCUACGAGCCCGCAGCGCCCUUCCGCGGCGCCCUCCUCCGACUCGCCCUCCUCCGCCUCGCCCUCCUACGCGUCUGCUUCCUCCUCGCUCUCCUCUCUCUCUUCGUCUGGUGACGGCAUUUUGCGUCCGUCUUCUAGCGCGUUGUCGCCGUCUGCGGGCGCCGCGGCCUCGAGUCUCGCGUCGUCUUCCUUCUCGCCUGCGUCUCUCGCAGCUACUCCGCGCUCGGCGGCGUGUCGAGGGAGCGCCGACCACGCCGGCGAGGAGUGGCGGGCGCAGAGCCGCCAGAGGCUCUUCGUGCAUGGCGUGCUGAAGAAGCUCCUGCCUCGCAUCGAGCUCCAGCGACUCCAUCACGCCCUGCCCUGCUCCCGAUGCUGCUCCGAAAGCCGCCCGAGCCCCGCCCCCGCCGCGCAGGGCGCGGAAGGCGCGGCGGGCGAGGAGGCGCCCGCGCGCAGAGGGCGGCACCAGGAGAGACGCGAGGGCGAGGCGCGAAGCUCCGCAGAGGCGGCCAGCGAGAGAGAAGAGACGGCGAGCCGCGCCGGCAGAGCUCCGCGCAGAGAGGACGCGGAGUCGCCGACGCCGGCUUGGCCCCCCGAGGCGUCGCGAGCCGCGGAAUGCGCAGGCGGCGCGCCUUAUGAGGGCGAGGAGAGGAACGGAGAGAACGGCGCAGUCCCGUGCGCCUGCACAUCGGCGUGUUCGAGUGUCGUCUAUCUGUGGAGCAUGGACUGGGCGGAUCUCGAGACCGUCCUGCCUCGCGCGCUGCCGUUCCUUGAGCGCGGCUGCCGCAUCGCGCUGACUGGCAACGGCUGCUUCGAGCUGCAGAAGCUGCUCCAGAGACACCUCAUCCUGUACGCUUUCCCCUCCCUCUCCCCGGGCGCCGCGGCUGCGUCGCUCUCUGCUUCGGCCUCCGCUGGGGGGAUUCCUUCUCCUCGUCCUUCUGCUGCGGCAGCGGCUUCUGCUGCGGCAGCGGCUUCUGCUGCGGCAGCGGCUUCCGCUGCGCCCGCGUCGGCGGCGCCUCUUCUCUGUGGAGAUGGGCGAGGGAGCGGUCCAUCGCGGAGCGCCGCGGCGGGAGGCGAGCGUCGCGCGCCCCUGAGCAGCUUCUUCCCGCUGCCCGCGGAGGACGUCGCGGCGGCUUUGCAUGCGGAGAGUCUGGAGGAACGCCGAGAGAAAGCGAGGUCGCUGACUGUCACUUUUGAGCGCGAGAGCGUGUGCAUCAUCGAGGCCUUCCACUUCCUCAUGCAGCACUUCCCUUCAACUGUCUUCCGCUACGAGGGGACGCGCCGCGCGAUGAAUGAAGCGCCGACAAAGGGACAUGAAGCCGACGAGUUCUACGAGUGCCCUUUGACGCCGGAGGAGCGGAGUGCGUUUUAUCCGUAUCUCCUGGUGAAUUUGAAGGCGGGCGUGAGCUUCCAUAAGGUGUUCGCAGCGCCGUCUGCGAGGACGCAUCUCUAUCGCCUGCGCGAUGAGCAGACGCUGCGCUUCUCUUGUACUUCUUCUUCGGCGUCUGCGGCGGUGAAGGGGGAGGCGGAGGAGGCAGAGGCGCUUGAAGGCUCUGAGGACGACGAGGCUUCGCAGAAGGGCGCAGGGGGGCGGCCGCCGUCGUCUGUGGUGUGUGCGGUCUCGUCGCCCCCUUCAGCCUCCGCGUCUGCGCCAUUGUUUUGGGAAUCUUCUUGCACCAGUCAGCGAAUCGGCGGCUCAACGAUCGGCGGCGCGACGUUCAUGGGGUUGUGCAGACUGCUGCUGCCGGGAGAGUGGAGCCCGAAGGAUCUCCUGCAGCUGGCCGCGACGGGCGACAACCGCGUCUGCGACAUGCUCGUCCGCGACAUCUACGGCGGCGGCUACGACGCAAUUGGGCUCAAGCCUUGCACGAUUGCGUCCACCUUCGGGAAGCUCCAGCACAUUCCCCUCAAGUUCUUGAGAGACUACGCGAUCUGGGAGUCCGACACCGAGAGCGUCGCGCCAAGGAGGCACCGACGCGCGGCGAGGAGCCAGGAAGCGCGGUGGCGGCGGAGACGCGACUGGGGGGAUCUGGAGCCAGCCGGCGAGGCGGUCUGUCCCCCCGGCGCCCGUCGCCCGCCUCGCGUUUCGUGCCGCGAGGCCGAGCCGAACGGAGUCGGCGGACGCGCGACCCGAGCCGCCCAGGAGACUGCCGGCGCGGUGGCGAGUCGCGCGUGUGCGGAGGCAGGCAGUGCGGCAGCGAGGGAGGGAGUGGAGACGCGAGGGGAACUUCUUUCCAGCGAGGCAACGCUCAGCAGAGCCAGCGUGGACGGAGUCGAAAGCAGAGAAGUGCGUGAAGGGCGGAGUCCUUCUCGAGAGGCGGAGCGCCGCUCGGUUGACGUCGCUUCGGAGACGAAGAGAAAGGACGCAGAGUCUGUCUCUGCGGGAAAUGCGCAUGCGGGAGGUGAAUGCGGCGCGGCCGCGUAUGAGGCCUCCGCAGAAGAGACGGAAGGCGAAGCGCGAGGCAACGUGGACCCGCGUGGCGAUAGCGACGCGUGGGAAGGAGAGGAGUCGGAUGCGUGUAGCUGCUGCUCUUGCUGCUGUGCGUCCUCGGGAAGCGAGAGCUGCUCGUCUGGCGCGAGAGGAGACUUGGACGACGACAGUUGGGGUUCGAGUGUGCUCGAGGAAGAGGAUGAGGAGUGGAGCGAAGAAGACAGUUUGAGCGGUUCGCCCGCGGAAGGCGGCGAUGAAACUGCGGGUUGCGGCGCAACAACGCGAGACCAAAAGUCGCCGUUCUUCACCUUUUCGAGCGUGAGCAAUUCUCUCGCGCGGCAGGGCACGAACCUGCUGAAGACCGAUGCGCCGCACAGCCAAGAUGUGGAGGGACAGUGCGGUACAGAAAGAGAAACUGAACGAUUUUCCCGCGGGUCCUUUGAUGCGGACCUAAUCAAACUUGACGGAGACGGAAAACGCGACAUCUGUCUGCAGUACCGAAGACCGACCGGACCCGAUAUCGUUCGGUCUCUUUUGACGCUGAUGAGUUUCAACGUCGCUCAGCAGGCGUAUCUGCAUGCUGCGCUCCACGGCCUCAAAAGAAUCGCGCUCGUCGGCUUCCUCCUCGACGUGCCCGCCUUCCUCGCCUCGCUCCAGCACUCCGUUCGCUUCUGGUCCAAGAACGAAGUCCGCGUUUUCUUCUGCAGCUUGUCUCCCUUUCUAGGUGCCCUCGGAGCAUCUCUGGCGCAUGCGCGGUUUCUGUUCGCGACGCGUGGCUCCGGGCGGGCAGUCGACGUGCAGGGCGACGAUUUUUUCUCUGCGCCGCACUCGCCCUCAUCGCUCGCCUGUUCAGCCUGCGGGCACGCCUCGGCGUCUGCAAAAUCCAAGUGCGAGAAGAGCCCGAGCUACCUCUCGAUUUCCUGUUCGUCUUCCACUCGAACGUCUUCGCCCUUCUAUCCCUCAGAUCCGAGCGCGGGGCUCUCGCCCGUGCGACACGACGCGUCCGCGCUGCCUGCGCAGAGUGCAGCCUCGCACCGCGCCGCUGCCUCGUCGCUCGCCCCGUGUCCGCAGGGCGUUUCCUCUUCAUCUGCCUCUUCUCCCGGCUUCUCCUCCCUCUCUUCCGCCGCCUUUUCGUCUUCUCUUUUCUCCGGGUCACCGCCGUUCUCCCUCGCGGGCGGCGACCGCAGAGACGUGCGCGUCCGCGCGCGAGCGAGUGGCUGCGGGGUAGGCGGAGACGCGAAGGCCGCCGGCGAAGCGAAGAGGCCCGCGGGAGAGGAAGGCGACGGCUUGGGCUCUGGCGUGCCGCGCAGACCUGCCUCCAGUCGGGCGCUGUCGCAGCCUGCGCGGGGCUCUGAGGACGCGCGUGUGCACGUUUCGGGUUUCCACGGGGCUGGCGAGGGCGCCGACGGCGCGGAGGAGGAGCGAGACGGGGGGCACGCGCUGGCGCGCGGAGGCGCGCAUCCGUUGGCUCUGCUCCCGAUAAACUCGCGGCAGCAGCGCGGCUGCGUGUGCUGCCUCCUCUCGCCUGCUUCUUCCGCGUCCUCGCUUGAGGCAUCCGCAGGCUCUGCUGAGGCGGAGGCCGCGCCGCUUGUCGGCGACGAGAGCCGCGGGUCAUGGCAGCGGCCGCUGCUGCCUCUUGCCUUUCUGCAUUCAUCCGCGCUGACUCAAGAGCCCGGCCUCCCGGCGGCGGCGCUCCCAGCCUGUGCAACCGAUGAGGUCUCCCCCGCCGAGGCGCUCUCGGCGUCCUCGCUCUUUCCGCCGAUCUUCCGCACGUCGCCGCACCCGCCCUUCUCGCCUGCGACGCCGACCUCGUUCGUCCCCAGCGACGCGCCCUUCUCGACGCGCGCCGCCUCGCUCUCUCUGCCGCGAUCGUCGCCUUCGUUUGCCGCGUCCUUCUCCUCUUUGAGCGCCUCCUCCGCCGCCUGCGCGCGGCCGUCGGCGCGGCGGGCGCCUGCGUUUUCUCCUUCGUUCGCAGAGGACGCGCACGAGCUGGCGGCCUCACCUGCUUCGCCUCCGCCGCUGCUGCCGCCGCCGCUGCUCCCGCCGCCGCCGCCGUUCCUGCCGCCGGUUGCGUCUUGCUUUUACUUGUUGCCCCGCCGCGAGGACUGGAGAGGUCCUGAAAAAGAACACGCAGCGAACGCCGCAGUCCACGACGCAGAGCGCCUCCGCGAGCGCGAGCGGUAG